CCAAAUCCAAGAUGGCCACCAGGAGGCAGCCGGUUCUCGGAAGGGCCGCCCAUCCUCGCUCCUGGGGAAGGCUCAAAGGCUCAAACGCCAUUGGCGGAAUCGCCGACCGCUCAUCCUCGGGGGGCGGUAUUGACAGAGUCCAAAUUUCCGGUUCCGGCAGUACCGGGAGCCGAAUCGAGAUGGAGGAAGAUGCGACCGGCGGACGGCAUUCGCUGGGAGCGGCCGAUAGAGUUGGGGCUGCGGCCUAGAGGUCCGGGCUUGGAGUUUGCCUCAGACGCGGUGAAGCCGCCGGAGUCUGAGAAGGUCUUCAGGCACCAUGGAGGACAAACGCAACAUCCAGAUCAUCGAGUGGGAACACCUGGACAAGAAGAAGUUCUACGUGUUUGGUGUGGCAAUGACAAUGAUGAUCCGUGUCAGCGUCUACCCAUUCACCCUCAUCCGCACCCGGUUGCAAGUGCAGAAGGGGAAGAGCCUCUACCAUGGGACCUUUGACGCCUUCAUCAAGAUCCUGCGAGCAGAUGGUAUCACUGGCCUCUACCGAGGGUUCCUGGUCAAUACCUUCACCCUCAUCUCUGGCCAGUGUUAUGUCACCACUUAUGAGCUCACCCGGAAGUUUGUAGCUGACUAUAGCCAGAGCAACACAGUCAAAUCACUGGUGGCUGGUGGCUCAGCCUCCCUUGUGGCCCAGAGCAUCACAGUGCCCAUUGAUGUAGUCUCCCAGCACCUGAUGAUGCAGCGCAAGGGUGAGAAAAUGGGCCGCUUUCAGGUGCGGGGGAACCUAGAGGGACAAGGGAUAGUUGCCUUUGGCCAAACCAAGGACAUCAUCAAGCAGAUCCUGCGGGCUGAUGGGCUACGUGGCUUCUAUCGAGGCUACGUGGCUUCACUGCUUACCUAUAUCCCCAACAGUGCCGUCUGGUGGCCCUUCUAUCACUUCUACGCAGAGCAGCUCUCCUACCUGUGUCCUAAGGAGUGCCCUCACAUUGUCUUUCAAGCCAUCUCGGGACCCCUGGCUGCAGCCACUGCCUCCAUCCUCACCAAUCCCAUGGAUGUUAUACGAACCCGUGUGCAGGUUGAGGGCAAGAACUCCAUCAUCCUGACCUUUAGACAGCUGAUGGCAGAAGAAGGGCCUUGGGGCCUCAUGAAGGGCCUCUCGGCCAGAAUUAUCUCAGCCACACCUUCCACCAUUGUCAUUGUGGUGGGCUACGAGAGCCUCAAGAAACUCAGCCUCCGACCUGAGCUGGUGGACUCGAGACACUGGUAACCAUCGGUGGGGAGAGGAGCCUGCUGUUUUCUACACUACUGUGGGUCAGGGACAGAGUGGAGAGGACAGCACCCUCUCCAAAUGCCCCCACCACACACCCAGCCCUGCCCUGGGCCAGGUGGCCUAUCUGGGAUAGGGAUAGAGACUUUGAACUGCUCUUGCUGACGAGGCUCCAUGCCUGGAUCCCUUGCCCCUACUAUUUAAAAUUCUCUUCUGAGCUGGGCUCCCUCACUCAGUCCCUAUAUUCGAUACUGGCCUAAAGACCCCACCCUCCACCCUGCCAGCCCUUCUGGCUUCCCCCUCCAUCUGUGUCCCUGCGACCCUGAGAAGAGCUGUACAUAGAGCUUGCUUACUACCACUGGUUCUUCCUCUUGGGCUUUCAGCCCAGACUCCAAGCUGCUGCUAUCACCCCUCUCCCCUUCAACUCUUAGCCUUGCUUAUUUUUAUUUUGGGACUGAGCUGCCAGCUAGAUGACUCUGCUUUUCCCUGCACUUGGGGCUACGGUGCCAGGCACUUAUUUGCACAAGGAGCAGGAGCAGCAAAAAUCUCUGGUUCUCCAGAGCACUCGUCCUCUCUUUGGAGGGGUUAUUAGAUUGGGGAGAAAUGUUGAUACUUUAUUUUGUGUGUGCGUGUUUGUGUUUUUUAACAUCUGUGAACCAGGCUACUAGUCCUGCUAAAGCGCCAAUCCUGCUGUCAGAGCCCACCCCUUCCUAAGACAGGUAGAAAAAUGUAAUGUAGCAUUUUCCUCAAUUCAGUUCCCUGUCCCUUCAGUCUCAGGAACCCUAGGAGAGUCUAAGCUGGGGUGUCCCCUGGCCCAAAGGACUCCCGUGGUGGGCACACUUCUGAGUGGAUCAGGCUGUCUUGGGUGCACUGGACUUGGGCACUACCUUGAAAAGUCAGGUUGAGAAAGUAGUUGAUGUAGAAGACAACAGGAGGGCACGUGUUCCCCAGCACAUCCACCCAGGCCAGCGGAGCCAAACCUAGGAGAGGGCAGUAGAGAUUCCCUGCCCCAGUCAGCCAUGACAUACACGUAAAUACCCCAAUCACUCAGACUCGUGGCAACACAUGUCUCACAGUGGGGAUCUCUUUAAGUUCCACAUCACUGGAUGUGAAGUCAUCCCAGCCAUGGUACCCUGUGGAGGGAUGCUGGAAGAACAUAAAGAGCAGUUCAGGAAGUCACCCGAUACCAGGACCCCUGCAUUUACCAGCCUGAUACUGCCAAGAUUAUCUGAUUAUUUCCUCAGGAGAUAGGAGAGGGGUGCUCCUUCUUCCCUGCCUCAUCCUCCCUACUGCUACUCCUUCCAAGCCUGUGAUGCAGGUAGAGAGGUGCAGCAAAUAGACAAGAAGGCAUGUCAAACCCUGCAUUUCUACCUGAGACAUUUGGCUUGGACGGUCCUCCAAACCCUAUUGGUCCCACCCCCUGGGAAAGGCCAUGGUGCCAAUUUGCAAGGUGCUAGCUACCUGAAGCCUUGAUAUUUCUUAUGGCUGCUGCACAUUCUUCCACCUUGGCCAGAACAGGUUCAGAAAACCGUUUCUCUACCUUCACUACCACCGCUGCCCAUCUUGAUCUCUCUGAGGGUUUUCCCCAUUCACUUGAUUUUAUUUUCCCCCUGCACUUUGUGAAGAGAGGCCUCCAGUUUCUGUCCAGGAAUGUUCACAUCCAAAGGGUUGGACCCACUGAUCGUUCUGAAUCUUCUGCCCCUCCUCACCGCUUUACCCUGAGAACCACAAGAACCACAAAUACAAUGGAGCAGUGGGCCCCUCCCAUCUCUUUAAGCUCAUCCUAAGGAAACCUCUGGAGGUUGGUUUUUGUCAGCUCCAAGGCUUCCUCCCCUAGAGACUGGUCCCAGUCCUUCCCCCUCCAUGGCACAGUGGGGAAAGUGUCAGUAGGGAAGGUGUCACGGACAGGAGGUAGGAUCCUGCCGUUGGCGUCUUAGUGUGUUUCUCCCCCGAGACUUUCCUUGUUUUGUCUUGUGCAGUAUUUUACCACACGCACACGCACACGCACACGCACACACACACACCCCUGCUGGCGUCUUAGUGUGUUUCUCCCCCGAGACUUUCCUUGUUUUGUCUUGUGCAGUAUUUUACAACGCACACGCGCACACACACACACACACACACACACACAGCAGUUUUAAGGGUGAUGUGUGUAUAAUUAAAAGGACCCUUGGCCCAUACUUUCCUAAUUCUUUAGGGACUGGGAUUGGUUUGAUUGAAAUUUGUUUUGGUGGGGUUGGGACGGUGGACUUCCAUUCUCCCUGGAGUCCAUAACAGAAUCUUGGAUGUAUUGGUUGGUAACUAAAACUAAAACUCUGGGAGACUGGCCAAGGCGGGAGACCUGAUGGGAGCAUUGAGGAACAAGGGAACGAAAAGGCAGACUCUCUGAACAUUUGAUAAAAUGGACUCUUGUGAACAUUAACAGUGAAUAUUCACUGUUGCACUGUACGAAGUCUCUGAAAUGUAAUUAAAAGUUUUUACUGAGCCCCCGA